AACCGUUUGUGACUCGAGCAUUAGAACAAUUUCAAAAGCUGAAACGUCACCGUCGAUAUGGAAAAAAAUAAUUAAAAAAUAUAAACUUUGCUGCAGCAGAGUGGCGGUUGCUGGCGGCAGUAGCGGCGGCUGCCGAGAGAGAUGGGGAAUCCGAAGCAGAAGUGGACGGCGGAGGAAGAAGAAGCGUUGAGAGCGGGAGUAGCCAAAUACGGCAAAGGGAAUUGGAAACUGAUACAAAGAGACCCUGAGUUAAGCCCUUUCCUCUUUGCUCGCUCCAACAUUGAUCUCAAGGACAAGUGGCGGAAUUUGAGUGGUGUUCCCGGCGGCCAUGGUUCCCGGGAAAAAUCAAGAUCGUCAAAGCCCAAGCCAAGCACCGACGGUCCGCUGAGCUCUGUUAUUUUUAAGCAAACCGCAUUGCCUAAACCACUCAUUGAUGAUUCUUCAAAAAGCUUCACUCCAAAUCGGUACAAUGAAAUGAUUAUGGAAGCUGUAUCGGCUUUGAAAGAACCAAAUGGAUCUGAUAACAGAGCGAUUGUCGACUACAUUGAGCAAAGGCAAGAGGUACCUCAUAGUUUUAAGAAGCAGUUAUGUUCGAGGUUGAAAAGGCUGGUUGCUUUAGAGAAAUUAGAAAAGGUGCACAACCGGUACAAAAUUAGAAAAGAUGAGACGUUCGGAACGAAGACUCCCGCUCCAAAACGAAAAGGCAUGCGGCCUAAGCAGUUCCAAAACCCCAGUCAUAUAACCUGUGAUGCAGUUGAAGAAGCUUCAGUAACUGCUGCCUAUCUUAUUGCUGAAGCAGAAAAUAAGUCAUUUCUUGCUGCUGAAGCAGUUAAAGAGGCAGAAAGAGCCUCAAAAAUGGCUGAAGAUACAGAUUCACUGCUACAGUUGGCCAAAGAGAUUUUCGAAACAUGUUCCCUAGGUGAAAUUGUGCUCAUAGCAUAGGAUAUGGUAGAGAUGACUCCUUCAAUUAGAACAUGUAAAUAUUGUUUUCACU